CAACAAAACUGCUGUGCUGUGUAUGUGUGAUUCAUAAUUGUUUAUGGACGUGUUAUGUACAAAUUAAUUAAUUAGUGCCCAUUCCAAAAGAAGUGAUACUUAUUCUAGUUUCUUACCCGAAAUAUUUUUACCUUAUGAUUUUUUUUAUAUGGUUUGUGAUGUAGUGAAAAUUCUCUGACACAUUUAACGAAUGUUAACCUCUAAAAGUAUUAGAAAUUUUCCUUCAUCAGCAUAAUUAUUGUGAUAUGUUAAUUUAUUCGUUUGAUAAUGGAAUACCAUACCUUUUUACGUCAAGAGUACCAACAAAUACCAGUUGUCACUAGAGCAUAUACAACGGCAUGCGUAAUCACAACCUUAGCAGUCCAAUUGGACCUGGUGUCUCCUUUUCAGCUAUACUUCAACCCGAUUCUAAUAUUAAAACAAUGGCAGGUUUGGAGGCUUGUAACGACAUUUUUGUUCUUCGGGACCAUCGGGUUCAAUUUCAUCUUCAACAUGAUCUUCACGUACCGCUACUGCAGAAUGUUGGAGGAAGGAUCUUUCAGAGGAAAGACAGCUGAUUUCGUUCUCAUGUUUUUAUUUGGAGGUGUAUGCAUGAUUAUUUUUGCAUUUUUCAUCAACUUGUUGUUUCUCGGCCAAGCAUUUACGAUAAUGCUUGUCUACAUUUGGUCAAGAAGGAAUCCAUUCACAAGAAUGAGCUUCUUCGGGAUCCUUAAUUUCAAUGCUCCGUACCUACCCUGGGUGCUGCUGGGAUUCUCAGUUCUGCUGGGCAACCCUAUCUGGGUGGACCUUAUGGGGAUGAUUGUCGGACAUUGCUACUACUUCUUAGAGGAUGUCUUUCCACACCAAAACGGAGGAUUUAGAAUUCUCAAGACUCCUCAGAUCUUAAAGACACUGUUUGAUGCGCCAGCGGAUGACUCUGACUAUGUGCCCAUGCCAGAAGACAGACCCGGCGGCUUUGCCUGGGGCGCUGCUGAUGCUCCCCCUCCACCCCCACCUCCCCAGUGAUUGUGAUACCAAAGUUUCUUGUUUUUUUCUAUUGAGCACAACAUGUAUGUACCCACCCUAAGAUUUAAUAUUGUAAAAUAAAACAAAAGUUUAAAAACA